AUGGCCCAGCUCUCGAGGCUGGCGCUGAGAUGUUGGGGCACAAGCUGGUCACCCCACCUCGGGCAGAAAGGCACCGCGAGGUCAUCCGUUUACUCUGGGCUUAGCGGCUCCCAGCGGGAGCUCUUUCCCUCCAAGAUGAAAAGAAAGCAGACGCUCUGUCAGGCCGAGGGGGUCCUGGGUGGCAGCAACUGGGCUGCCCUCAAGGAGCCUGCUGCCACCGUGAGGUCCUGUCCCCUCCCGGCCUCCUUCUCCCGGGUGCCCUUGACCCUCACCCUCACCCCUCCCCCCAAGGAGGGGACUCCUUGCCACCCAGAUGCCAGGUUGCUGGGCAGCCUGCAGGAGACAGAGUGA